AUGUCUACUGACGGAAGAGCUCCAUCACCCUCUCCUCUUCUUUCUCCUCUUCCUCCUCCUCCUCUUCCACAUGCUAGCAACGCUCUCAGCACCUUGGCAAUCAUUGUAAUAUUCAUACUAUGCCCGUGUUGUUGUUGCUACUGGUGUAACAAGAACAAAGGACCACAACAACAACAACAAGCAGAACAACGAUCUAUCACAGAGCUACAACAACAAUAUCGAAGUAAUAUCAGUGAUGAUCAUCAUAUUGUCAUUAGUACUGCAAUUGUAGAGUUAGCUCCACGGCCAAGGAAAACUCUACCAUCUGAUCAGAGUAGAUUCAUCGAGAUUGGGACGUCUUUGCCAUCUGAAUGCGCUAUAUGCUUAGAAGAUAUACGAGGAGAUAAAGCCAAGCAGGGUGCGGGAAAUCGUAAAAUAUGUAUGAUGCCUCAGUGCAAACAUAUGUUUCAUGUUGAUUGCAUUCACAAUUGGGUGACAUCUGAAGAAGAUAAUAAUGCCAUUCAUACUUGCCCUAUUUGUAGAGCUUCCAUAUGA